AUGGGGAAGCAUUGUACUGUGUGUGCCCACUGUGAGGUGGGUUGGGUCUGGAAUGAAGACUUGUACUACAACCCGAACUGCUGGCAUUGCGGAAAGGCGUGGAAAAAGGCCACCUACCGUGAGCGAGCAUGGUCAAGCCAGCGUAAGAAGUGGCAGUGGCCAAAAGACGACGCUACAUGGUGGACAAGACAGGCCAAGAACAAAGAAGGGAUGGCCGACCAAGCCCUCACGAAGGCGUGGGGUACGCUUUCUAUGGAGGCAAAGAAGGCCAUUGAAGAAGCAGGAUGGAAGCCGCGGACGAUGGAGCCGGGGCCCAAUUGGCCCCCGGGACUACCAGGCAGUGGAUCGCAAACCGAAAGCAUGACGCAAAAGGAGUACCACGAGGCCAUUGAAACGGUGUGGCAGGGAGCUGAGCCCGCAGUGCAAAGGCUGCUCAGAGCAGCGGGUAUUCCCCCGCCAGGGGAUUACAAGCCUGAGGAUGAGACGCCAAAGCAGGAGCUCAGCCGCCAUGUUGGUACAUACAGAAGGACGACAAACAAGCUGAGAUCACUCAUUGAGAAGAAGGUCCGGCUUCAAGACAAAACGGAAAGGAUCAAGAGCGAGUUCGAGCAGGCCAUGAAGCAGCUUGCGCAAGUCAGCCAGGCCAUCCAGACCACGGAGCUUGAGGUUGCGGAAGCACAGAGGAAGGUACAAGCCUGUGUGAAAGAUGAGGAGGAUUCGCCGUACAAGGACGUCGCGUCCUACCUGGAAAAGGAAGGGAUCAUCCUGACCGACGAGCAAGCGGAAGCGCUCAAAACAAGGAUGGCAGUCAAGGUCGUGGAGACAGACUGGACUGGAGUCUUGGGACCACGAGAGCCAGGCAUGCCAACCGAACUUGGCAUGUAUGGGCCGAUGCGCAUGUCUCGAGAUGUGUCAGUCAGGGCAACGCCGACGGGGCGCGAACGCUCGCCGGAGUCUCAAUGGGGAGACUCUGUUUACACUUUUGGUGGUGGCCGGAAGCAGUGUCACGGGGACAUUGUAUGGCCACAGGCGCAUGGGGAAGGCAGUCAAGCUGUGUCUAGUACCCAUGUGCCUAGUACAAACAGCACAGUGGAAGACAGCCAAGAGAGCUGGAGUCCAGUUACGAGGGGUCCGGAGCCUGUCCGAGCUGUGGACAGCAGUUGGGCGGUCACAGGGCCCAGAUACUUCCAUAUAACAAGGGAAGACAUCGAAGAGGAAUGUGAGCAUUCGGCCUCGCGAGAAGCUGAGGGAAGCCAAAUACAGAUGAGAGACCAUGCAGCGGUUAGAGGGGAGAACAUGAAGGCCUCGCAGGAAGCUGAGGAAACACGAUUCUCGGCCUCGCCGUGUGCUGAGGGUCGCAGAGGAAAACAAAAGCCCAAGAAGCGGAAAGCAAAACCCACGGAACCACCAAAAGAUCUGCCACAGGAGUGGCAAACGCUAUGCCAAGUGGUGGGUAGAUAUGAUGCUUCCAGUGAAGCUGCUGCACUCGACGCCAUUGAGAAGCUGGAAGAGCAGGAACUCAACCCGCUACAACAACGAGCAUGCCACGAAGUGCUUCGUUCCUUUGUGGAGCAUGACGCACAAUAUGCCAAAUGGAUCUUGGCAGAUGUGGCAAGUGGGUAUCGCCAAGAUGAUAAGGCCGAAUGCAUCAAAAUCACAGCGGCUAACAUCACCAGCUGGAGGAAACCCAUAGCGGCAUGGAUACACGAACUAGGACCGGACCUGGUGGUGCUGCAGGAAACCCAUCUCAAGACGGAGGGUAUCCAGCAAGCCAUGAAUCUGCGAUACCUUACCGAGUAUGGAUCAGGACCGGCGGGCUUCCUGGCAUGUGCCAUGAGAAACAAAGGCUGGGAUUUGAUCAUCGUCAGUCUGUAUUUGGAGAGCGGGGUCGGAUUCCAGGCUCCAAACAAUAUCCAAGUACUGGCGAGACUGAUAGCCUUUCUUAAGGGCUUCAAAGUGCCAUAUAUGGUGCUGGGAGAUUGGAAUGAAGCCCAGGAUACCAUGAGGGGCACAACUAUGGCGACAGAAGUUGGUGGUGCAUUUGUAGGAGUGGGGGAACCAACGGCCCAAGGAUCGGACGAAAUUGAUUACGGGCUGGUUGCGAAAUGCUUGGUGCCCAUCCUGCAAGUGAAAACGGAUUGGGAAACCCCUUUUCGGCCUCAUGCUGCGAUGCAUUGGAGGGUAGCACAACCGUGCAGUAGCCCUGAUGUUCCCCAGCUGAAGAAGGCGGGAGCAUUGGUGACGGAGACUGUGGAAUACGAACCAGUUCAAAACACACAGAGCAUCAACAUCCUGGAUGAACCCAAGAUGGAAGAUGAGCUCAGUGAGACAUUCGCUCACCUGAGUGCCGGGGUGGAGAGGUCGAUCACAGGCCGAAUCGAAGGCAUGGGUGUUAAAUCCGAGAUUGUCCGGAAGAAGUUGGUGGUCAACAACCCGGAGAACGUUGUCUGGACAGGCAAGCGGGCGGCCUUUUGGAACAGGGUCCAACAAUGGGUCAAACAAGGCAGACAUCAUGGCGAUGCGCAUCCGGUGGCGCGUCUGGUCCAACGCAGGCUCGGCGAGUAUUACGAGGGUGAUGCGCAGAACCAGGAGGAUAUGCUCGUGAAUAUCCUGGGCCGGGGUACGGACGCUAGGCUUGUUCUGAAGCGCAUCGACGAACAGCAAUGCUACGCGAGAAAGGCGGAUAUGGAAGAGACAGCCCACCAGUACAAGCAAUGGCUCAGCAAGGCCAUGGAAAAGGGCAUGCGACCAUUAUACAAUGCCUUUCGAAAAGAAGAACAAGUGGUACAAAGACCCUACAUGGAAUAUGACAUGCUGGAACGGCCACACAUUCGCCGAGACCACUGGGCGGCAGUGUGGACGACGGGCCAGCCGUUGGCAAAAUCGGCCUCGCUCAUGACGGAGCUUGAGGAUGCAGCCAAAAAACAAGCGGCCAGCGUGGAGCCGCUGAACCCUGUCGAGGUCAAAGCAAGGAUCAAAAAACUGGCACUAAAGAGCCCGGGGCCGGAUGGCUGGAGGAUUGACCAUUUGCAGGCCAUGGACGACAAAGCAGUUGAAGCCGUUGUGUCCUUCUACCAUGAAUGUGAGGCCAAGGCAGCAUGGCCGCAGCAAAUGACAGUCUCCCUUAUAGCAAUGCUGCCGAAGAAUCUGACCCGGGAAAGACCAAUCGCCUUGCUACACAUCCUGUACAGGACCUGGGUCCGUUUGCGAUGGGAUUUGGUAAGUACUUGGCAGGUAGGCUAUGCCCAAACUGCUACGUACGACAAGGCAGUCCCAGGCAGUUGCUGCUUGGACGUGGCCGUAGGCAGACUACUGCGAAAUGAGGUGGCGAAGACAAAUGGUGUGCAUGUGGUGUCACUCUUUGUGGACCUCGAGUCCUUUUUCAUGGCACUGGAAGUGUACAUGGGUGCCAGAUAUUUGGUGGCGGAUGGGGUGCUGUCGGCAGGCAUCAGAGCUACGAAUGGCGUGCAAGCAGGGUGUCCAGCUGCGCCAUCGUUGGCAAAGGUGGCAUUGCACCCGGUGAUUGAUAAGAUCCAAAGGCGACGAGAUGUGGCAAACGUGGAUUGUUGGUUGGAUGAUGUCUCAAUUGACAUCCAGCAUAAGUCCUUUAAACAAGUGGCGGAUAGUGCGAUACGAGUCUACCGCAGCUUAAAGGACGGGAUGGACGCUAAUGGUUUCACGAUUUCAUCCAAGAAGACGGGGUUUGUGGCCAGCAGUACCCAGGCGAGCAAGCACCUGCGAGAACUCCUGUUGCCUCAUGAGCCACAGGUGUACGACGUGAUGCGUGACUUGGGCGUCGACAGUACAGGGGGGCGAAAGCGUCGCUUGGUGACGUCGGCAACGCGGGCCAAGAAAGCCCAUGCGAGACAUAGCAAACUGUCCAGGCUGGGGCCGCCGCCCAGCACUAAACUCCGCGUGGUCAAGGCAGCGAUCACAUCCGUUGCUUUGUGGGGGCACCCCUCUGUGGGGGUAUCACCUAAAAGAAUGAAAUGGCUCCGAACAGUGGUAGGAAAACACCUGGGUAAAUACAAGCUUGGGAGUUUGGAAACCAUCUUGGACAUGGGAGCCAAGAAAUGCCAGGAUCCAAAGCGCACAAUCCACAAGCAGCAUUUCAAGGUGGUGGCCAAGGUUUUCCGUGCAUGGAUUGGUGGCGGUAAAGCCCACUUUGACUUGGCUUGGAAAACCACUUGGAAGAGGUUGAGUGCGGCCAAACACCACUGGCCACUGGUCACGGGGCCGAUGGCAGCAACCAUGGCGUACUUAAUGGAUCUGAAGGUGGAUGCCAGUGACCCAGGCAAAUGGAAGAGAGGAAGUGUCCUCAACGUUGAUUGGACCCAGCCACGCAUGGGUAGCCUCGCCUACAAAUGGCUUGAGGGAUUCCUGGAGGAACAAAAACGGGCUGCAAUAGCGCGACAGGCAGGUGGCGCUGGUGCCCAAGAGGGGCUGGAUUGGACGCCGCAUCACAAGCUGACGAAGCUGGGAGGCCUAAGCCCAGGCCUUAUGGAAGGUAUAAAGUCAGUGUGGCACGCGGGCGUCAUCACGGAGACCAAGCCAGGAUGCUUCGCAGCUGAUGCAAAAGUGGAAGCGGAAGGCUUGAUCUUCGCCACUGACGCAAGUGGAGGUCCAGGAGGAAUAGACCCACGUGUACAAACAUCAGCCCUUGCAGUGGUGGCUAUGUCCUGGACAAAAGGUGUCCUGGUGGAAGUCGGACGGAUUACAGAGCUGGUCUACCCGUGGCAGCCGGUGGUGGACAUGGAGCGUCGUGCACUUUUCCGACUAAUGGAGCAUACGGAGGAUCUGAUUGAUGUCACUAUGGAUUGCAAGCCGGCAGUCCAAGUGCUACAAAAAACACAACCGCCGGAGGAUGACCUGGAAUGGAGCAAAGUGUGGAAUGGCAGGAAACGUAUCAAGGCAACAUGGGUCCCGUCCCACAAAACUGAAGAGGAAUUCCUGGCGAAGAUGGGGCCGGGUACGUUGUGGCGACGUGCAGCGAAUGACAUGGCAGACAAAGUAUGUGGAGCAGUGGCGGCGGCUGCUUACAGCCCAGCGCACAAGAGGCGUGUCAAAGAAUUGGACAAUGUGGUGCGCACACUUUCCCUGGCGUACGGUGCACGCGCAGCCCACAUAUUGCGGAAGCGCAAAGAAGAAGACUUCCCCUUCAUCCUGGACCAUGCGCAUUACAAAGAGAAGAUG